AUGAUAGAAGGCGGAAUUACAUCCAUGAUGUCAGGAAUAAUUGAGAAUGCUGGGCAUCAUCCAUCGCCACAGGACUACAGGCUCCUGACCACGGACCCCUCCCAGCUGAGGGAGGAGGACCUCCCCGGGGACCUGCAGUCUCUGUCAUGGCUCACCUCUGUGGAUGUGCCCCGGCUACAGCAGAUGGCUGAUACCCGGGGCCACAGCAACGGGCCCUCCCAGGGCAGCCUGCUGGAGCAACAGACAGCUCAGCUGAGCAGCCUGGGGAUGACGGCUGGACAAGGCUCCAUGCUCCAGCUCCAGAGCAACAUGCAGCACAGCCCUCUGGGAAUCAGCAUCAUCAACACCCACAGUGGAAGUAUGUCUCCAUUCUCCAUGAAUGGGAUGCCUUCUCCAGUAUACCAGUGCCCUACCUCAGUCUACCAGCCUACACCCCAGCACGUGUACUCUCUCACCCAAACUGGACAGCAGUGUUCAACAACUGGGCUUUAUAGCAAUGUCUCUUUCAACGACCAAAGUCUAUACACGCAACCUCGUCUGGCUCCGCAAGACCAGGAGCUGCAGCCCAAGUCUUUCCCCAAGCCCAUCUACUCCUACAGCUGUUUGAUUGCCAUGGCUCUGAAAAACAGCAAAACUGGCAGCCUCCCAGUCAGUGAGAUCUAUAGCUUUAUGAAGGAACACUUUCCUUAUUUCAAGACUGCACCUGAUGGAUGGAAGAACUCCGUCAGACACAACCUGUCCUUAAACAAAUGCUUUGAGAAAGUGGAGAACAAGACGAGCAGCUCAUCUCGUAAGGGCUGUCUAUGGGCACUGAACCCUGCCAAAAUUGACAAGAUGGAGGAGGAGAUGCAGAAGUGGAAACGCAAGGACCUGCCAGCCAUCCGCCGCAGCAUGGCUAACCCUGAUGAGCUGGACAAACUGAUCACAGACCGCCCAGAGAACUGCAGACGCAAGAUGUUAGAGUCCGGCAUGACCCGGCUGCCCGGCUGCCAGACGCUGCCCGUCUCUAACCAGAUGCAGCCUCAGCCUAUAGUCACGCUGUCCCUCCCGUGUUUACCCAUGCACCAGCACCACCAGUUUCAGGCCCAGCUCCAGGCUCAGGCCCGACUGGCCCCCAUGUCCCCCGCCCCGGCCCAGACACCUCCCCUCCACUCCGACCAUUGCCACAGUCCUCUCACUCAGCAGUCCAGCAAGCCCCAUGAGGACUUCUACAUCGUGCACGGUGACACGCACACAGAGGUGGAUGCACUAGACCCCAGCAUCAUGGACUUUGCCUUUCAAGGUAAUCUGUGGGAGGAAAUGAAGGACGACAGCUUUAACCUGGAUGCUUUGGGCACCUUCAGUAACUCGCCCCUCCGACUAUCAGACUGUGACUUGGGAACAGCCGGCCUCCCUCCCACCUCCUCCGGGGUGAACAUGCCGCUGUCAGAUAUGCAGGUGACGGGCCUCUACACCACCUACACCACCCAGGACCCCCUGUCGUCCCAGUACAUGGGCACAGCAGCCAACAUUAAGCCCAUCAUCCUGCUUUGA